CGUCGUUUUCCCUCCCCCCUCCCCGAGCACGAUGCCGCGCAGGAAUGUGAAAGGCUCCCGCCCGCCGCCAUUUUCUUUCUUUCUUGGCAGGCAGCGAGCGGGGCAGGAAGCGGUGGCUGAGCGAGCAUGGCGGACUAUUCCACGGUGCCCCCUCCUGCUUCGGGCGCGCCCGGGGGAGGCGGCGGCGGAGGUGGAGGAGUGAACGAUGCCUUUAAAGACGCGCUGCAGAGGGCUAGGCAGAUUGCAGCAAAAAUUGGAGGAGAUGCUGGCACAUCAAUGAAUUCAAAUGACUAUGGUUACGGAGGACAAAAAAGACCUCUUGAGGACGGAGAUGGCUCUUGGACAAGUCCGAGCAGUACAACACACUGGGAGGGAAUGCCCUCUCCUUUUAAAGAUCAACCAGAUGCUAAGAAAGUUGCUCCUCAGAAUGACUCUUUUGGAAAUCAACUACCACCAAUGCAUCAACAACAGAGGUAAGAGUCUACAUCUGUACUACGU